UGGGAUGACGUCAAAUACAAGAUGGAUGGAAUCACGACUGUUUCAUGCGCAACGCAACUCUGAAACAAAGUCCAGUGUCGGAGCUCCGGGGCACCCAAAGCCACCGAACUAGGCCAAAAUGGAGAGCCUUGGGCACUACUGUAACCCUUCCCAUGGUAUUUCACUGCUGGGUGCCCUCAACGAGCAGCGGUUGAAGGAACAGCUCUGUGAUGUUGUGUUGUUAGUGGGUGAUCAACAGUACCAGGCCCAUAAAAGUGUCCUUGCAGCAUGCAGUGAAUACUUCCAGUCUGUGUUCUCCAGAAGGGACUCAGAGAACCGCUCCAUUGUUCAGCUUGACUUCUGUGAGCCUGAUGCAUUUGAGAUUGUGCUAAACUACAUCUACUCAUCAUCUCUGUUUGUGGAGAAAUGCAGCCUGGCAGCUAUACAGGAGUUGGGAUAUAGCCUCGGCAUUCCCUUUCUAACCAACAUCAUGUCUAUAAGACCUCAGGCGUCAUACUCUGUGUCAAGAAAACGGAUGUCACUCUCUGAGGAGGAGGAUGGCUCUUCUCAAAAGAGAAGUGUUAUUGUACAUCAAGGUCAAGGUGAGCAGCCUGGCAUGGAUGUGUUUCAGAGGAAAAGUUCGACUCUUCAGGGAAAACUGUUUAAACAGGCCACAGAGCCACCUUCGCUCACACAGGAUUUUAGCAAUCAGAGCAAAUUCUCAGGACACGUCAGACCAAAUGAAAAAGAGACAAACAGUACCCCUAACAGCAGAAAUUCAAACAAAAACACAGACGAUGGUGAUUGCAGAUCUAUCAUCUCCUCACCAACAUCCAUACUGAGACAUCGAACUGAAUACCGAUCGCCAUCUAUGAGGCCAAAACUAACAUCCUCAGUGUCAUUCAGUGAGUCUGUACAGCACACUAGCCUACAAUCAGAUCAAACUGAAGGUGCCAUUGAUGGAAGAAUGGAAGUGUCUCAUGAAUCCAGGCCAGUGGGUGAUCAUCAAGGUCCAUGCAACCAAACCGUAGACCGAAGUGGGCCACUUAUUAAAAGUCUGCUGCGCAGAUCAUUGUCAAUGGAUAGUCCCGUUCCUAUAUUUUCUCCAGCUCUGGAUCUUAAGGACUCACAAAGUCGAGAACAGUCUGUAGUCAAGUUAUUUACCACAACAGCAAGGUUGCCUUCCCCUGAACAUGAGGAUAGGGUGUCAAAAGAUAUGCCAUUUCUUCUCAGGUCAAGACAACGAAAUGCAUACGAGACGGACGGCACUCAAACAACUCAAAUCAGGAUAAAAGCGGAGCCCAGCAGUCCCCUUGCUGACCCUUCUGAAAUUGUUCACAUUACCGUUGGAGACAAUCUGCCGUUAAAUUUCAAAGUCUUUCAGGAAAACUAUGAUGAAGGUUCCAGAGGGUACUUCGCUUCCUCGAUGAAGAGGAAGACUAAGAUAGAUGGAAGUUAUAUGCCCUUUAAGAAAUCUAGGCCUGUUAAUGAGCAUCAUCUGUUGCAUCAGGAAAGCACAUUUGGUGAGGUACCUUGCAAUUCCAACAUAGACAAUAAUGAUGAGGAACCUGGAGAACUUCGGCCAAACAAAAUGUUUAAGUGCUGGAACUGCCUGAAGGUUUUCAGGUCUAAUGCUGGUCUGUAUCGCCAUGUGAACAUGUACCACAACCCAAAGAAGCCGUAUGCUUGUGACAUCUGCCACAAACGUUUUCACACAAACUUCAAAGUCUGGACUCAUUGCCAAACCCAACACGGCGUGGUGCAAAAUCCCGCAACAUCUACUAGUUCCUAUUCUGUCCUGGAUGAAAAGUUUCAGAGGAAGCUAAUUGAUAUUGUCAGAGAGCGGGAAAUAAAGAAGGCCUUGAUUAUGAAGCUCCGGAGAUCCAAGCAAGGCCUGCAGUCGCAACCCUUCGGCAGGAAAAACAGGCGAUCGAAGUCCUACGGAUGCCCCUACUGUGGUAAAAGGUUUUUCUUUCAAUCACACUUAAAACUGCAUAUGAAAGGACACUCCGCUGAGCCGGCUAACCUUGACAUGGAUGCCGAGAGAGACCUUCAAUACAAGCAGCAGCAGCAGUUGACACAUCUUAAAGAAAACCAAGAUAAGGAUGUCUUUUUUUGCCGGCUCUGCAAUGAGAAACUGCCCUCUUUGCCUGAAUUAGAAGACCAUGAGAGAGCAUGUAGGUAUGCUACCGUCUGCCCAUACUGUGGACUUCGAUUCUCCAACACAGUUGUCAAGAAAGACCACGAAGCUCACUGCAAGUACAAAAAGCUGUCCUGUCUUGAGUGUAUGCGCACGUUUAAGUCUUCUUUCAGCAUAUGGCGUCAUCAGGUGGAAGUCCACAAGCAAAAUAUGAUGAGUGUGAAGGAGCAGUUGACUCUCGGUCUCCAGGAGAGCAAUCAUGACGAAUCAUCCAACGUUCUCAGAGUUCCUCCUUCUUCUCAGGAGUUGAUGCGUGACUCCAGAGAGGAAGCAGUGUACAGUGACUCAUCAGUUCCACCAAUGUAUGAUUCUGAAGACUCGUCGUCUUAUGCACCAGAGGACUUGAGCACUCACGGUCCAGGGGAGCUUCAAGUCAAAGAGGAACCUCAAGAGGAAGCAGUAUCAGCCAAGGACGGCAUGAGCAAAGCUUCUGUUGGAUCUGAGGAACCAGGCGUUUGGCCUUGUGAGAAGUGUGGGAAGCUUUUCAGUGGCCACAAAGACCUGGAACGACAUCAGGAACUGCUUUGCCACAUCAAACCCUUCAUCUGCCACAUAUGUCACAAAGCAUUCAGGACCAACUUCCGCCUCUGGAGCCACUACCAGUCCCACAUGUCCACACCUGAGGAGCCAGGGAUGAGAGAGAUUGACAGGCUUCAGUCUUCUCCAUCUCCUUCGCCACCUCUCACAAUUUCCAUCCCAGAGCCUCCAGCUUCUCAAGAACCUCCACUCAAAGCAACCCAUUCUGGGGUGGAUGCCUCAGAAGAGGAACCCAGAGGCUCCAUGUCACUGUCAACCAAACUCAAGAAGCCACAGCAGGACAAAAAAGGUGACGUUGAGCCAAGGGAACAAUCUCACUGCAAGUCCGACAGCACAGACGAAACUAUUACCCCUCAGGAAUCUGACACGCUAUUUUACCAUGCCCCAACUCUCUCUGCACUUACCUUUAAACGGCAGUACAUGUGCAAAUUCUGUCACCGGACAUUUAAGUCCGCUUUCAGUCUGUGGAGUCACGAGCAGAGCCAUACAUAAGAGUGCAGAGUUGCACAUUAGUAGCCCUAACCAUUAAAGUAGUCUCCUUUAAACUGUCAAAUGAUUUACUUUGGGAGACACUUGCAGACAAAACCCAGGGAUUUUUUAAUAGAAUUUGAUCAUACUUAAUAUACCUUAUUUCUAUAAACAGUAUUCAAAGACUGUCAAGAGUUUCCUGAAUGCAUCUUUGAUUGCAUGCCAAGAGUUGCUCAAAGCAUAAAUUAGUUUUCUAAAGCAUUUCCCUGUAUUACAUUUUAAGUUCACUUUUCAAUGAUCAUGAAAGGCCAUUAUAUUCUGUCACCUUAAGAACUCUUCUAAAUUAGUUUAUUUUAUUGCAAACAAAAAAUGAGUGAUUACUUUUUUGGAUUGUUACGCAGAAGACUUACGCUUCUCUUGUUUUAGUGGCCUUUAUGCUGUUAGCACUUUCAAAUAUUUACAAAUAAACAUCGUUCUCUAUUAAAAGCACAGGCCUAUGCAGACAGGGCAUUAAUAGACAUUAAUUCCUUCUUUUCUGGCCUAAAAUGAUUAAGUUAAGGAAACUGAAGAAAAAGGUGUUUAGGCAUUAAAUGCCCAAUUCAGCCCUGCUUAUGCUCUUAUAGCUUUUAAUCUUAAAUUGUUUCUUUAAUCAUUUAAAGAGAAUAAAGAUUUAUAUCUUAAUAUCAAACUAUAUAAUAAACUUUGUGAACAUUGAUAGAGGUGAGGAAAAUGUUAAUCAUUUAAUUUUGAUAUAGCUAGUUAAGUUGUAUUUAUAAUUUUAAGAGCAUUCUGAUAGUGUUUUUGCCAGUUAUGUAAACUUACAUGGUAUUUUUGUUUAGAGAAUGUGGAUAAUAUUCAGUAAUUGCAUUGAACAAAUCGAAGGCUUUAUAUGUACAAAUAGCAGGUUUGGAGUGAUGUUCUUUAAGCAGUUUUUAGUGUGUGCCUGCAACGUGGAUCUUCUAAUACUUUUUGUUGUACAGGACAUGCAGUAUAUAUGUGGGAAUUACUUCUCAUAAAUGUGUAGAGAUGAAGUCAGAGUAGAUUUUCGUACUGUAUCAGUACAUUGUGAGCUGGACCAUAGUGUAAGUUCAACUUACCAGAACUCUGUACUCGGUGAUUAAUGAAGUCUUGAUGCAAUGACGUUGAAUGGUUGCACAUUCCCGAUGUUCAGUGGACCUUUUCUGUGACCGUAUGAGCCAGAAAAUAUCUUUAUUCUAAAAUAUUAAAGCACAAAAACAGCAAUCUUAUUAGCAAGUGUUUGAAAUAUUAAUAAAUUAAGGAACAUUAGGGGAUGUUUGGCUUCCCAAGCUUAUGGCCUUUGUCGAACACAAAAUCUAAUUUGCGUUUUCCAUCAGCUACUGACAUUUAGUCUAUAUUUUGAUGGAUAAAAUGGUAAUACAUUCCUUUUUAUGUUACACCCCUAAUAAAGGUAUUGAUUAAUGAACAAGUUGGAUAGAAGUUCCUGAUUUAGUUUGCAUUUAAUUUGUCCCCAGUAUUACAUGACAUAACAUCAACUUCUUGUUUUGAGUAAAGAAUUUAACCAUAUUAUCAGCAGAUCAAUUAGUCCUGAUAAUAAAAUGAUUAUUUCAGUAAUUGAUAAACUUCUUAAUAUGGUUUAAUGAAAGGUUGUAUGACAUUUAAUGAAUAGGGAUGACAGAACAGACCAUUUAAUCAUCAUCCUGGUCUUUGUUUUUACAACACACACAUUUUCUCUUAUGAAAAGUAUCUCUUUUUUUGGUAUUCCUGUAGUAUCUCUGCAAUAACUAAUAUUGUAAGCACUUGAAUUAUUCUAAUGUGGCUUUAAAAACUGUAUCAGUUUUUGUGUUCAAUGAUUUUCUACUGUUUCUGUGCUUGCUUUCUAAAAUAAAUAUCAACAUGUGCAAUAA